CAGAUGCUUUCAAGAAGGAGCAUCUGCUGCAGCAGGCUGAUAAGACUGUUGCACAUAACCGGGUGGCCCAGUGAACGAGGGGCCUGUCUGAGCUGAUGAUUUUGCAGGACAAACUAAUAGCCAGCCACUUCACGAACUGGGAUGAGAGGAUCCAGCGGUUGGAGACCAGAGUGGCUGAUCUGGGAACUCAACAAUCUAAGAUCCUGGACUCUAUCCAGAAUCUGACUGCUGAGUUAACAACGGUCAACGUCAUCACUCCCCUGGUCCCGGUGGUUUCCUCUCCAAAACCCAAGAAGCCUUCGCAACCUCCUUCACCCCCUGGAUCUCCUCAUCCCUCUCACAAGUCUUCUCCCUCUGUCACCUCCCAGGCCAAAGCCACGCCUCCUCCCACCUUUGCUGUUGUUGUUGUUGGGGACCAGCGAGGUCCUAAAAUCCCUGCCCCCAACAAAUACAAGGGGGAUGACCCCGAAGUUGAUGUUGGGGACUGGGCGGCCAUAACCCAGGCAUAUCUGAAGGGGUUCCAGUGCCGAGAACAGCAAAAGGUGGCUACUAUUGUGGGGCUGCUGGAGGGCCCAGCCCAGAAAUGGGCUACAUCUACAGCUAGUGUCGAGCAGCAGUCUUUGGAGGGUUGGGCAUUGGCACUGGGGAUUGACAAACUUUUGCAGGCCCUAGAGGACAGGUUUGCAGAGAAGGAACGUGCACGCAAAGAUGCUGAUAAAAUAGCACACCUGGGCCAGCAGCGUUACAGCGGCAAUCUGCAGGCUCUGUUUACUGAUUUUGAACAGCUCACCUCCACCCCUGGCUUUGUUAUGUCUAUUGAUGAUUUGCUGACUUACUUUUGCAGGGUUGUGCCUGAAAAGUUCUGUGUGGCAUUGUACAGCGCAGGGCACAAAGACUGGAGGUCAUUUGACCGCGCAACAUUGGACAUGGAGGCCAAACUUCAUGUCCAGGCCUCUUCCAGUGACAGGAAGAAAGGCGCUUUCGCUCGCGGUGGUAGAAGGGGAAAAGCGGCUUUGCUCACGCAGAAUCGGCGUCAUCAUCUGAUGCAGGAUCCCGGCCUGGCCUUGACUCGUGCACCUGUUCUGAAGCUACCUGACCCCACUUUGCCAUUUGUCCUGACCAUUGACGCCAGUGAGUAUGGCAUUAGGGCAGUACUUCAGCAGGAUGAUGGGAAUAGUCUGAGACCUGUUGAAUUCAUGAGUAAGAAGAUCAAGACUCAGAAGGUUCAUGACUCUUCCUACGAGAAAGAGCUGUAUGCUCUUGUCAGUGUCCUGAAACAUUGGAAACACUUUCUCCUAGGCAGGCACUUCAAGAUCUUUUAUGAUCAUUCCACCUUGCAGUGGUUGAAGUCCCAGGGAGAGUUGAAUGACAAGUUGGCACGCUACAUUCAGUUCAUUGAUCUGUUUGACUUUGAACUGAAGCACAAGAAGGGCUGCUACAAUAAAGUAGCUGACGCCCUCUCUCAUAGGCCUGACUCUUUUGUGCUGAUCUCCUCUACUCAUUCCUUUGGAGAGGAGGUCCGUUAGAACAUUGCUCGUUUACUGCCUCAGGAUCCGACUUAUGAACCCAUCGU